AUGACCAACAUGCAACAUUACAUGGAUGACAUCCAGGAUUUGCUCGACGGUCUGAACGAGGAAAUGUCGAAGCGGCUGAGAAAGAUUUCGAAAUGGGAGGAUCAGAUCGUUGAGAAGUCUCCAAAUCUCAAACGGCUCGAGAAUCUUGUCUUCGACAGCUCCAGACCGAUGACGGAACGAAGCGACGCGGCACAUAAGCUUGCCGAUUUGAAGAACGAGAUUCGAUUGCUGUCGGAGAAAAAAACGGAACUCGCGGAGAAGAAUCACCAAACUGUUCACAAGAUUUACGAGAAGUUGAAUGAGUUGGCAUAUCACUGCAAGUGUGAAGUCGAAAUAGACAAUCCUGGAUGUACAGAGCAGCGAGAGCGAGAGUUCUUCAAGUCACUGGACAAGAAUAAUUACAAUGGUUCUGGGGUGUUGACUCCACAGUCAUUUAUCGAUUUAUUGCCGAUUAGUGGACGAAAUAGAAAGAGGGAAAGUUCGAUAAUGACUGAUGAUGGACAAUCGACAAGAAGUGUUACUCCGUUCAGUGGAAGCAGAGCCGUCCCCAACAAAAAAGGACCUGGACGUCCACGCACAGACAAGAGAUCCAAGUUCAAAAUGGCUCACUUCGAGAUGAUCCCAGAGAGUUCAACUGUCUCCAGCACUCGUUCGAGUGCGGAGCCGGAACUUCGCACCGGUGAGAAACGGCCAAAGGCAAUGUCAAAGUACAUGCGAAAGAAGCAAGAGAGAUUGCGACAAGAAGAAGAACAGAGAGCACGCAGUGUGCUGUUCGAGGUGAAGAAAGAGUUAGAUUCUGGAGAUUAUGAAAAAUUCGCAAUGAAUCCACACGGUGAAGGAACGUCGAGUAUGGCUGCUGAAGCUUCGACGUCCUGUGUGGAUUUGUGCGAAGAAGAUGAGAAGGAUCUUCUCGACUGUUUGAAUUUCUCUGGACUUCCGUCGCCACCAAGAGGAAUGAUGGAGGAUAUGGAUCACUCUACUCGAUGGAAAUGUAUCCUCCAAAUCACAAUGCAUCGCCCGAAUUCCGUCAUCCAGCUGCAUCUGGUUCCGCUUCUGCAUCAAGAAGCCAAAGUUUUACCACACAACGCUCUAACAAUACUAACAGACCGCGUAACUGAAAUGAUCAACGCCAGUCGCGAGAAGAGUCAAAUAAAAAAGAAUAGUCGUGAUCAAGAGGAAUGGUGCAUCUGCAAUGGGGCGAACAUGGAUUCCGAAAUGAUGGUGGGAUGUGAGAACCGUGCUUGCGAAAUCCAAUGGUUCCAUUUCGGUUGUGUCGGUCUUCUCUCACCACCGGAGGACGAGUGGUAUUGCCCGGAUUGUCGUCAGCGUCCUUCCUCUUCUUCUCGCGACUAA